ACAUCUUGUGGGCACUCGAACAAUGACGUCACAUCAGAAGCCGAGGGUGGUUCGAUACCUGGGAACCCGUCCGACCGGAACGCAGCCGAACCCGCCGAGGAAACCCGAGUCCCUCCGACUGCAGAAGCUGAAGUCGGGCAGCCAGUCAGACUACAUCGAGACUGUCACCGAGGAGAGUUCCAGCAUGUCGUCCGCGUCACGUAACCAGUCGGAGGACGAAGCCACGGCCGACGGCGGGAACGCAGGAACCACUGGCGAUGGUACGAAAUCCUUCAAGGUGCUGAGUGCUAAGGGACAACCUCGCCAGCCGUAUGCGCUGCCGAAAACUAGGAAAAAGGAGGGACGAACCGACAAGCCGAGGCCCCAAACCCACCCACCUGAGGUCGUCCAACGCCUUCUACAGGAGAGGGCUGUGAAAAUAACGGACUUGAAGAGCCAGGUGAAGUACUUGAGGGGGAAAAUAAUCGACGUAGACCACGAGAACGAGCUCUUGAGAGGAGUAUUAAAGAAACAAAAGGCAGCUCUGACAAAUUUUGAGUCGCCCGACAAAUACUUCGCCAGGAUGAUGCAGCAACACAAAGACGAUGUCAGAGACUUGAAGGGAGAGAUCAGGGAGGAGAACAAGGGACGUGACUUGGAGAAGGAGAUCAACGAGAAGAGCCAGCAACUGUGGGAGACAAACACCGAGCUCGGCCGCUUGGAACAGCUCAUCGAGAAACAACUGCCGGAGACGGAGGAAGGGCAGAGGAAGCUAGCCAGUGCUGAAGACAAGUUACUCAGGACAACUCAGAAACUAUCCACCCUGGAGAAUGAAAUAGAGGCGGCUACCAACUUUGGCAGGAAGAGGUAUGUAGCUGAGGUGAUAAAACACAGGGAAACUAGAGAAUCUGUGACGAUAAUGGAGGAGGAAUGCGAGAAGAUUAGGCUGAGAAUACGUGAGCGCGAAAAGGAGCUGGAAAUUAGGAACAUCUAUCAUCAAAGGAUACAACAGGCGCGGAACGGCGUUACCAAGGCGACCACCACAGACGACCUGAGGGAACACGCCAGAAUAUGGCGGGAAGCCGAGGAAAAGGAACGCAGAGAAGCAGAGGAAAGGAAGAGAAGGGAAGAAAAGAAACGGAAAGAGCUAGAAGAAAUUAAACGUUUGGAAGAAGUCAAAAGACAAGCUGAGAUCGAAAAGAAGAGACAGGCACAAGAGCUAGAGAGGAAGCGAGAAGAGGAAAGACUGAAACAUGAACAGGAAGAGAAGGAAAGAAUGGAAAGAGAACUCAGGGAACUGGAAGAGAGAGAGCGAAAGGAAAGAGAGAAGAAAACAAGAGAGGAGCGAAGAAGGAGGGAGAGAGCGGAGAGAGACGCGCGGGAACGGAAACGACGAGAAGAUGAAAGAAUGAAGAAACUAAAAGCCAAACAACGAGCCGAAGAACAGGCAAGGCUGGCGCGGGAGGAGGCCGAGAGGAAAGCUAAGGAAGAAGCUGAAAGGAAGGCUCAGGCAGAGGCUGAGAGAAAGGCAAGGGAGGAGGCCGAGAGACGUGCCCGAGAGGAAGCUGAGAGGCAAGCCCAAGAGGAGGCUGAGAGGAAGGCCCGCGAAGAAGCAGAGCGACAGGCCCGAGAGGAGGCCGAGGAAAAGGUUAGGUAUCUCCAAGCGCAGCUGAGAAGGGUCGAGACUUUGAUAAAGGAAAAGACAGAAGAGUCGCUGAAGAAGAAAAAACAACACAAAACCAAACGCACGUUCCAAAACUUGCACCACGGAAUGUCCUCACAAGGACCCCUCUCAACAAGUAGCGGGACCUCGAACAUUGUUCGGAACAAGACAAAGUAAAUUAUUUCAUAGGUAGGAUACCUUGUGGAAACUAAGAACGUUGUUUGCCAAUACCAAGAAUUCAAAUGAAGAGGAGAAAACACGAGGAUUGCCUUCAUGACUUAAACAUCCAGUGGAAAAUCCUUCACAAUGUGUGGAUAUCUGGACAGAUAGCUGCAGCGGUCUCACGCGUUUCCACCUACUACACAUUACCUUCCAGAAUGGUUUGUAAUAUUUGUGUUAGAUACAUAGCAUACAUAUAUAUUGCAGACAUGACACAUACAGUUAGGAAUGAUAUGACCCUGUGAAUACAGUAGGUACAUGUACUUGUAUCUGCUAUAGCGUGCCAACAUAGCAUCCAGAAUAGCGUCAAGUCGCUUUUGUGAGGUCAGUAAUGGUGUAACCAGGCAACACGAAAGUAAAAGUAGCUGCUUGAGUGAAGUGAAGAUAUGUAUUGAAUUGCAAUAACGUCAAGCAUGUCAAAAGCAGCUUUUCAAAUCUCUAGAAAUACAAUAGGUGGCACAAGGGCCAUGUGUAAGAGUCCAUGUACGUUAAGUUACCAUGACGUUUACUUUGACAUGAAAGAAUGUCACCGACAUUUGUAUUCCUGUAUCAUUUGUGUGUAUGUUUACUCCAUCGUUGAGGUGACCAGGAACAGAGGUAUGUAGUUAAGAUUUAAUGAGGUUCUGGGUAGCCUUGCUUCAUUCUCCAGUGAUAUGUAGGUCUACUACUUGUACGAGUCAAUAGACAACAGACCUGGCUGUCAUUGGUAUUUGUUCCCAAGUCAGAUUGGAAAUCAUUAAUUUUUCUGCUGAAGGAACACGAAACUUUGUGUCUCAAAACAUUUUGUUAGCAUUUAAAACGGGUGAAAUUUUUUUGGUCUCCUCUUUUAGCUCCGUUGUCCACCUCCUGAGCAUCUACAUUGUAAACAUCUGUCUGCUUCUCUUAUAUGAAGCCUAGGUUGGUGCAAAUGUAACAUUAAAGCUGUUUCUUCCAAAAUCCA